CUUGGAUGCGCUCGGUGUGCGCGUGGCCAACUCUUCCACUGAUUGUUGACAAUGCGCCCUGCGCGCGUGCACUACCUCUGCUGCUUAGAGGAGUGAGCUGGAUUCUCUCUUUCAGAGCAGUUCGGGAGACAGGUAUCAGAGACGCUUUUUCCUUUCUAAAACAACAGCAACUAAUUAUUGGACCAGUUGCGUAAAACGGAGCGGCACUGCGAACCGCGGAAGCAGGUGCACUGAUCGCACUCUUUAUUUUACGGAGCCCUCAAAUCAUGCGCGCGCUUAUUGAUGAAAAGUUAAUUCACGCAUACUUGAAUUAACACAGACUUUGGGGCAAGUGAACCGGAUAAAGCGCGCUCAUUAAUUACCCGUCGCACGUCCGCACGGGGAAUAAGCAAUCGUAAUGUCAAGGAAAAAAGCGGUCAGAGGAAAGGGGGGUUCAAAUACACCGAGCUCAUCUCCGAUCAGCGAUCAAGAGAAGAGUAAGAAAGUCCCGACCCAGUCCAACGGAGCGGUGUAUCCCAGCAGACCCUCUCUCAGCAGCAGCGGGGAAUUCUACGACAUCGCCUUCAAGGUGAUGCUGGUUGGUGACUCUGGGGUGGGGAAAACCUGUCUGCUGGUUCGCUUUAAAGAUGGAGCGUUUCUAGCUGGGAGCUUCAUCUCAACCGUCGGUAUAGACUUCAGAGUGAGUACACAAUAA